AUGUUUUGGGCUGUGUGGUCAGUUGUUCUUCUAGCACAGGCUGUGGAAGGAGAGGAAGUCUGCUAUGAAAGAAUUGGGUGUUUCACAAACAACUACCCAUGGUCUGGAACUCUGGAGAGACCAAUUGCAAAAUUACCAUGGUCACCAGAAGUGAUUAAUGUUCGAUUCCUGCUGUACACUAGAGAAAAUCCCACUAACUUCCAAGAGCUCCAAGCUGUAAAUAUUUCCUCAAUUUCAGCAUCAAAUUUUAAAACAAACAGGAAAUCUCGCUUCAUAAUCCAUGGAUUUUAUGACACAGGGGAACAAAAUUGGCUAAAAAAUAUGUGCAAGCAAAUGUUUGAAGUCGAAGAUGUAAACUGUUUUUGUGUUGACUGGAGAAGAGGAUCUCGUACACUAUACACACGGGCAGCGAACAAUAUUCGUGUUGUUGGGGCAGAAUUGGCCUAUUUUCUUGAUACGCUUCAGAAUAAUUUUGGGUAUUCCCUGUCAAACGUCCAUCUGAUUGGUCACAGUCUGGGAGCACACACUGCUGGGGAGGCUGGAAAGAGGAAGCCUGGAAUUGCACGAAUAACUGGUUUGGAUCCAGCUGGACCUUAUUUUCAGGGAACACCAAUUGAAGUCAGAAUCGAUCCAUCUGAUGCUGCAUUUGUGGAUAUAAUUCAUACAGACGUUGCACCACUGAUUCCAUUUUUAGGAUUUGGAAUGAAACAAACUGUCGGCCAUGUGGACUUCUAUCCAAAUGGAGGAAAAGAUAUGUCAGGUUGUGACAAAAGCAUAUUCUCCAGAAUUAUUGCUCUUGAUGGAAUUAUGGAAGGAAUUAUGGAUGUUGUUCUAUGCAAUCAUCUUAAAAGCUACAAGUACUAUACAGACAGCAUCCUUUAUCGAGAUGGAUAUAUUGGUUUUCCCAGCCCUUCGUAUGCGGAAUUUAAAUCGGGCACAGGGUUCCCCUGCCCCAAUGAUGGGUGCCCUCUAAUGGGGCACUACGCUGAUACCUAUUCAAAGAUCACAUCAACCAGUCAAACGUUUUACUUGAAUACCGGAGAUUUACCAAGCUAUGCACGCUGGAGAUACAAAGUGUCUGUGGAAAUUACUGGCUCAACAAUUGUCCUGGGAUAUUUAAAAGUUGCUGUAUACGGAACAAAAGGAAAUACUCAGCUACACGACAUUUUUAAUGGAAUAAUUAUAUCAGGCAGAAAAUAUACAAAUUUCCUUCAUGCUGAGAAGGAUGUUGGGACUCUCACUCAUGUGAAAUUUGUCUGGAGACACAGCCUUGUCAACAUUUUUAGGUCUCGUAUUGGAGCUAAAUCCAUAAAUGUUCAAUAUGGGAAAGAUGGAACAAUGAGAACUUUCUGUGGCAGAGAAAAUGUAAAAGACAAUGUUCCUCAGACUCUCAGCUUUUGUUAG